AUGGAAAUGAAUUUACAAACUUUAUUUCAGGAUUUUAAUCCUAGCAAAUUCGUGGUUCACAGUUGUAUGCUUAUUUUUACGGCAUUAAUAGCUUUAAAGUUAGAUAAUUCUAUAACAUGGUCUUACUGGGCCGUGUUUACACCAAUAUGGGUGUGGAAGUUUCUUGUGGUAAUUGGUGCUACAGUUGGCACAUAUGUUUGGUGGCAGUACCCUCACUUCAGGUUGGAGGGUGAAGCAUACAUCCACUAUAAAGCUAUGUUAAUAAGUCUUGCCAUACAUCUAAUCCUUCUUAUGUUUGAGCUGCUUGUCUGCGACCAGUUGACUACAGGCCGUCAUGUUUGGAUACUGGUCUUUAUACCACUUAUUUUUAUAAGUAUAGUGUCUAUUGCUAUCUGCAUAUGGUCUGUGAAACAUGAUCGCAGUUAUGAGUUGGAGUUAUUUUGUGCUGUUAACAUACUCCAGUUUAUAUUUCUUGCCUUGAAGUUGGAUGAAUUUAUCAGUUGGAGUUGGGAGGUAGUGUUUGUUCCACUGUGGAUAUUAAUGUGUCUCAGUUUAGUAGGGGUGGUAUACAGCAUAAUAUUCGCAGGGAUUCUGCUCCGAACCCCUGAUGCCAACAUACAGCAGCGUCGCACAAGCUUCAAUUCUGCGCUGGCCUACACGUUCACGGUCAUACCUAUUUUGGUGUUUCUGGUGCUAUUAUCAAACAAAUUAGACGAUGGUCUUCCGCUAUUGUACACGGUGGUAGUAAGCCCGCUGUUCGUUAGUUAUGCAACGCUAAUCAUCAUGUCCUUCAGUUCUAAAGGUGGCAAUAAAUGGUGGUUUGGCAUAAGGAAAGAUUUCUGUCAAUUUCUACUAUCAGUCUUUCCAUUACUUCAAGAAUAUGCCAACAUUGCAUAUAACAACAAUGUAAAUAGAGGCUCGAACGUAAUACCCACCGAACCACCUCCUAUCCAGGAACCCUAUAGAGACGAAGAAGCUCAAAAGAAAGUGAAGGAAAGUAAAAAGUCGCAGAAGAAUCAUAAAAAGAACGAAGCCAUGAAACCGGUAGUGCCUAUAACGAGUAUAGAUAUGCCAGAUUGA